CUCUCACAUAGAAUAUUCUUAAUUUCUCAGAUCCACUUUGCAAGAAUGUAUCAUUUCUCUCAUCAUUUCCUCCUUAAUCUCAGUCCAGUGGCAUUUUACACACACACACACACACACACACACACACACACACACACACACACUUCAUCUUGGCUACUCUUUACAUCCUGAUUAACAAGCAUAAUUAGCAACAAAUAUAUGUUAAUUUAAUGCCAUAUGGAAGGUUUUUCUUAGAGACUGAAGGGAUGAAAGUCAUGGGAAGUACAAGAUUGCUGUAUUUUGGAAAUUUUCUGCAUGGUUUUCUGUGUAGGUGAGGCCAAUAUUUAAAAGUGAGAUUGUCUUUUUAACUGCAUUUCAUAUUCCCUCUCUAGGUCUCUUCUGCUGUAUUAUGAAGUUAAAGAAUAGAUUUUCUGUUUCUCCAAGAAAUAGGCAACAUGCUAUGAAAGAAGUUAUGGUUUCUCACUGGAAGCAAGAAAACUCCUGCAAAAAAUGUGUCUGUAGGGAAUGGCCACCAAUACGUUUCAUACCAACAAUACACAGUUCCACCCUUCUACUUUCCUCCUAGUGGGGGUCCCAGGGCUGGAAGAUGUGCAUGUAUGGAUUGGCUUCCCCUUCUUUGCAGUGUAUCUAAUAGCCCUUCUAGGGAACAUCACUGUCCUGUUUGUGAUUCAGACUGAACGGAGCCUCCACCAACCCAUGUUUUACUUCCUAGCCAUGUUGGCCUGCACUGAUCUGGGCUUGUCUACAGCAACCAUUCCCAAGAUGCUGGGGAUUUUCUGGUUUAAUCUUGGAGAGAUUGCAUUUGGUGCCUGCAUCACACAGAUGUAUACCAUUCAUAUAUGCACUGGUCUGGAGUCUGUGGUACUGACAGUCAUGGCCAUAGAUCGCUAUAUUGCCAUCUGCAACCCCCUGAGAUAUACCAUGAUCCUAACCGACAAGGUAAUAGCCAUUCUGGGCAUAGUCAUCAUUGUCAGGACUUUGGUGUUUGUGACUCCAUUCAUAUUUCUCAUCCUGAGAUUGCCUUUCUGUGGUGUCCGGAUUAUCCCUCACACCUAUUGUGAACACAUGGGCUUGGCAAAGUUAGCUUGUGCCAGUAUUAGAGUUAAUGUUAUAUAUGGACUGAUUGCCUUCUCAGUGGGAUACAUUGACCUUUCUGUGAUUGGAUUUUCCUAUGUCCAAAUCCUCCGAGCUGUCUUCCAUCUCCCAUCCUGGGAUGCCCGGCUUAAGGCACUCAGCACAUGUGGCUCUCAUGUCUCUGUCAUGUUGGCUUUCUACCUGCCAGCCCUCUUUUCCUUCAUGACACACCGCUUUGGCCACAACAUCCCUCAUUACAUCCACAUACUUCUGGCCAAUUUGUAUGUGGUUUUUCCCCCUGCUCUUAACCCUGUUAUCUAUGGGGUCAAGACAAAACAGAUAAGAGAGCAGAUUCUCUUCAUUUACAUAUCUGAAGCUGAAUUUCAUGACAAUUAA